UGCACAGCAUGAGAUGCCUGUGCUUCCCUGAGCCCUCGAAUGUUCUGGGGUCAGCGGCUGUGCCCGACUUCUGCCAGUGCAUCCACACGGUCCAUUCCCUCGUCUCAUGUCAGGACCCCUGGGAUUACGGGACCAGCAGAGCUGCCUUCUCUGGCCACUGCCCACACCUGUGGGCCCCUGUGGCAUCUAGGCCACUUGCUCUGGGGCAUUUGAGAGGCUGGGGGGUGGGUGGGGUUGGCCUCAGCUUGAUCCAGGCUCCUCAUGCCUGACCCUGGGGUCUGUUUGCACUCCAAGUGCCAAGAGUGCCUCCCUACCCCUCAUCUGCCUCCCACGAGUGGGGCCAGGGCUGGGUGAGAGGCCCCCAGAAGCUGCCAUGCACCUUGCCAGCCCGUCACUCUUCUUCUAAAGUAACAAAAACAAGUGCCUCAAUUAUCACGGGGGCUGGGGCCCAGGGUUGCUGUCCUGUCUCUCUAGUUACCCGGGUCGGCUCCUUCCUCUCAGCCUCCUUUCAUACGGCAGGAGGGGAGAACCACAUCCAGAUCCAUGGGGGCAGUGGGGACGGGCUGAGCGUCAGGACACAGCCUCCCCAUUUGUGUGCGUGUAAAGGCCUAAGUCAACAGCAGACUUUGGAGUUAAAUGUGCUUUUUACAUUUUUAUUAGGAAAAAUUUCAAACGUGUGAAUGCAGGUUAAGAGCAGU